CUAUCUUCUACCUAACAUCCACCAAACCAGCACAGGCCGAGUUAUUGUAUCCACUUAUUCGCCGGUGUCCUACCUGGAUCGGUUAGCACAAUGGCGGGAGGACGUCUGAUCCGAGAGCAAGGAAUCAUGGUUCUGGCUGGGGAAGAUGGGCCCGGUGGGUCAAUCGCAAGAAAUUUGUUCACGCCAUCACCUAAGAGUCUGAGGGCAUUUCACAUGGAUUCAGAGUGUCUGCUUCGUACACAGCGCUCAUUCUCUUCAGGUGCUAUCCACCCUCCAUUCGCUCGGUCGUUUUAUGAUCCGUGAGCCUGAGAGAGUGGAUCAAACGGUUUUCGACUCCACCAGUCCACCUCGCUUCCCCAGAGUCAAAAAUCUACUUACUCCACCUUUUGUGUGCAAAAGAACCUGGUAGCAACCAGCAGUCUACGCUCUGACUGCGACACACACCAAGAUGGCAACCACCACCACCACCAUCACCAAGACUCCUCCGGUACAGUCGCUGCUGGUGGAAGGUAGCGAUGUCCCGUCCUCUGAGAACGAUAGUACACGCUCACCCACUGCACGGAAGUUCCGCUUCCAACAGUCGGUGGUGAUCGCCCAGCUGUCGGCCGUCACGCUUACCGCCAGUGUCAUCAAUGGGCUGGUCGUGGUCGGUCUGCCGACGAUCACGAAGGACCUGCAACUGCCGUCCUCGCUCUCCUUCUGGCCCUCGUCCGUGAGCAGCCUGGCCACCGCGUCCACUCUGCUGCUGGCGGGGUCCAUCGCCGAUGCCAUCGGCCCGCGAUGGGUUGAGCUCGUCGGCUCAUUCGCCAGUGGCCUGCUGAUGAUCGGGCAAGGGCUGUCCCGCAACGGGGACGAGCUGGUCGUGCUGCGCGCCCUGCAGGGCGUCGGGCUGGCGUUCCAUCUCGCCUCGUCGAUCUCCAUCAUCACGCAGCUCCUGCCUCCCGGCCAGGGCCGCAACCUCGCCUUCUCCUGUCUGGGUCUCAGCCAGCCCCUUGGUUUUUCUUUAGGGUUGGUCGUCGGAGGUGUACUCGUGGACACCAUCGGCUGGCGUGCGGGCUGGCAUCUGGCCGGUGGAAUCACCCUGUUUUUCGCAGUCGUCGGCCUGUGGGCUGUCCCGCAGAGCGAGACCCAUCGACACGCGGACUUGAUGCACAAUGUCAAGACGCAGAUCGACUGGGUUGGCGCUGGGCUCGCCUCGGCCUUUAUGGCGUUGGUGUGCUAUCUGUUGGCCAUCCUGAGCGCCGAUCCAUCGCGCAUCCGCUCCGCCGAGGCAAUCGUCAUCCUCUGCGUGGCGGCCGUCGCCCUUCCCGCGUUCGUCUACUGGAUGCACCACCAGGUCAAGCGGAACAAACCGGCUCUCAUCCCCAACUCCCUCUGGCGCAACAAGUCAUUCAGCAGUAUCAGCGUGACAAUCGCCGUAUCCAACGCAGUGAUCAACUCCAUGGAACUCUUCGCCAGUCUAUACUUCCAAGAGAUCCAAUCUCUCUCCGCCCUCCAAGCCUCCAUCCGUAUCCUCCCCAGCCUGGUAAUCGGCAUCCUCAUGAAUUUUGUGAUCGGGGUCUUCGUCCACCGCGUCCCCGCCUUCUGGAUCGUGACGGUGACCUCGAUCCUCUGCGCCGGCUCCCCGCUCCUCAUGGCCCUGAUCCAGCCUUCCUGGCCCUACUGGGCCAACGCCUUCAUCGCCCAGCUCCUGCAGCCCGUCAGCUUCGACGCCCUGUACACCGUCGGCCUGAUCAUCAUCACGGACAGUUUCCCCGAUACGACGCAGGCGCUGGCCGGCGCGGUGUUCAACACCUCGGCGCAGUUCGGCAGUGCGCUGGGCAUGGCCGUGCUGCAGGUGAUCUCGACGGUGGUGGCCGCCGAGAAUGCUUCCCGGGAAGAAAAGCAGGCGUUGAUGGCGGGCUAUCGGGCGAGCUUUUGGACCAUGUUUGGUUUUAUGGUUGUCUGUACGGUUGUCGGGUUUGUCGGGUUGAGGAAGACGGGGAGGGUGGGGUUGAAGAGGGAUUAG